UCCCGCGCGCGCGCGCAGGCGUGGCGGGCGGAGGCAUGGCGGCGGCGCUGGCGCUGCUGGGCCGGGCCGCGGGCCUCGUCAGCGGCGCGCAGCGGUUCCUCAGGGGCUGCGGCGUCGGCGGCUCGGCGGAGAAGGGCCUCAGCAGGGGGAUCAGCUCGGAUGAGCGCCCGAAGCGGCCUUUGACGGCCUAUUUCCGUUUCCUGAAAGAAAAUCAUUCUGCUUUCAGGCAAAAAAAUCCAGAAGUGACCAACAUGGAGCUGAUUAAGAAAAUAGCAGAUGCUUGGAAGGAGUUGCCAGCAUCACAGAAGCAGGUUUAUGAGGCAAGUAGACAGACAGACUGGCAAAGAUAUAAAGAGCAGUUGGCUGCAUAUAAAGCACAGUUAACUCCAGCCCAGGCUGUGGCUUUGAAAGAAGAAAGGAGAAAACAACUGGCAAAAAGAAGAUCAUUCAGGGCAAAAAGAGAAUUGACCAUGCUUGGAAAACCUAAAAGACCUCGUACUGGCUUUAACAUUUUUGUGUCAGAAAACUUUCAAGAAAGUGAGGGAAUAUCACCUGCGGCAAAGCUGAAGCAGUUAUUUGAUACAUGGCGAAAACUGUCCAGUUCUCAAAAGCAGCCAUACCUGCAGCUUGCUGAAGAUGAUAAGGUUCGGUAUGUAAAUGAAAUGAAGUCAUGGGAAGCAAAAAUGGUUGAACUCGGACGUGAAGACCUGAUACGUUCCGGAACGCAAAUGUCAAAAAUGAAAACUGCUGAAACUGCAAAGAAAGCUGAAACAGCCAAACCUUCCUCACAUGAAAGGAAGGCAAAAUUAAAGUUGAAAAAAUCGGAAGAAUAAAAUGGUCAAGUAUUUUAUAUUUAAGGCCCUUUGGUUGUCAUGUCUUUAUCCUGCUGUGUUAAUGCUGCAGUCAGCAUUAGCACUGAAAUUUGGAAAGCCCGUAAAGGGCCCACUGGAGAAGUAGAAAAGGUGAUUGGGUGACAGAGGAUUCAGUGUCUCUUUGAUGAACUGACUGAAAUAAUCAUUGCAGGUGUAGCCUGAACAGUUAGUCAAGCUGUGAAUAGAGACAUGCACUGACAUCAGCAGAGCUCUCCAAUAAUGGUAGAUAACAACUAGCUUUUAUAAGAUUUUUUUUUUUUUUUUUUAAUGAAAGUGAGAAUAUUCUACAAUGUUACCAUCCACAUUCUGUAAGAGCUGAAAUCUGAGUUCAUGCUGCUGCGUUUUAUUCCCUCCAUGGUAUUGGUAGUGAAGUGUUCUACAUUUCAACAAAAGGCACAAGAAAUGUAAAAUACUAACUUUUAUUUCAUGCAUCUGUCUUUUUGUAUGUAUCAAUCUGUGUAUACCACUUAUGUCACAUUUAAUUAAAGACCAUAUGAGUUUUGUAUGAACCUAUCUUUAUUGGACUUUUUUUCCACCGUUUUGUUUGAUACAUGCAAACGCUUUUGCUCCCUCUUGUUGUAUUUGGGACAGCCUGGAAGGAAAAGAAACGUGUUAACUGUUAGAACUUUGAGUUUUGAGGUAAUAAAUAUGGAUAUUUUGAA